GUGUGUGUGUGUGAGGGUGUUUGUUUUGCGCGAAACAGGGCCAACAAUUGAAAGAAGCAAAAUUGAUCGAUGCAUCGUGCACCCUAUAUCCCUGUGCUGCACCGCAGCACCGUGAGUGACGGCGUGAAGCGUUCGGAUGCUUUAGUGUCUGGUGUCUGGCAUCAUCUGAUGCUGGUGUGAUACUAACCGAUCGAUGGGUGGCGAUGGAUCAGGGCCACAGUGCCAAGCUUUCUGAUGUGGUGUACGUAACACUGGUUUGUGCUUCAUGUUGCGUGUGUGCAUGUGUAACACAGUGUGGUUAAAAAGCAGGAUAAUAAAAGAAUGCGAGUGUUAUUGUUGAGCGAAAAGGUUGUUCGAAACUAAUCACCACUGAACAAGAAUCCAGCUGCACCACGGUUAAAAAUCGUAGCAUGCAAUAAGGCCAAGCGUUAAAAAGUGGAGAAAACCCUCUUGCACCCCUCCACCUAAGGUGUUGAUCAUAGUAUUGAGCAUUCGCCCUGAGGGGCCCUUUCCGCUGCGUGCGCGCCUUCGUGAAUAGGGACACGUGAAAAAAAAAACAAAAGCUCCGAACGAGUGGGCGAGAGAGCAACAGCAAAAAAACCGAGCUGGCACAAAAACCUGUAGCUGAUAAUUGCAUUUUAAUUAUCCAGUCCUUUCCUCCGGACCGGAUCAUCCGAAAACAAAGUGGUCAGCGGCUGAUGGACGGCUCGUAGUGUGCGUGUUGCUUACGGUGGGUAAAUAAUCAAACGCGCGUGAUAGAGAGAGAGAGAGAGAAAGUGCGAGCUUUUAAUUGAUAACGCGAAGCUCCCCUUCGUACACACGCAGUGGUGGUGGUGGUGGUAGUGUGCACAGCUGGCGAUGAUGCUGAUGAUGCCGGCGGAUGGUAAUUUGCGCGGUAGUAGUAGCAACAGCAGCAGCAGCAGCAGCACAGCCGUGCCAGUAGUGGUGUGUCCGUUGCCCGCGUGCCGAAGGUAAGAAGCCCGUUCCAGUGCGUGCGUCGUCCGGUCGAUUCAUUAGGAAGUCAUAAAAUGAAGCGCCUGUGUGCAGGUUGACGAAAACGGAAGAAAAAAGGCUCUCCGGAAGAUUGAGUGAAAAUACAGUGACGCGAUCUAACGCAGUGUGUGUGUGUUUGCGUGUGUGGUGUAGCUGCGUAUGUGUGCCGUGGCCCUUUUUCAAUGUCGAUGCGCGUCGAUAACUAGACGAGUGUGUGAAGUAAAAACGUGUGGAUGGUGGUGUUGGUGAGAGGUUUGAUUAUUUCCGCACAGCAAGUUGUGAAAUUGAGAGCUGCCAGUGUGACGCCGGUCUCUUGAGUAAGUGUUGAUAAUCGUUUAGCCAAGUAGUACGGCUCCUUUGAAAGUGCAAGGCUAUUGACGGUUGCGGACUCGUUGAUCAAUAGAGCAUCUUUUUGUGCUGACAGCAUUCUGUAGUAGGCCGUGUAGUACUUGGAGUAGUCUUCGUGCUUGCCUUCCAUUAGACCCGAUAGAGGGAAGCGAUCCAAAGCACCCCUGUAUCAAGACGAUUACGGUACGACGAGGGGAUGGGCGCACUAAACACCGCCCGGUGGUGGCAUCAAGCACAUCCGGCUACAGCUAUUAGUGGAAUGAUGGUGGCUGCACGAUCCAGAUCGGCCGCCAGUGGUGGCAAAAACAGCGUCCACACCAACGGCGACGGUGGCACUAACGAGAUGGCGAAGCGCAAUGGCCGCCGAGCCAUCGUUACCGCAAAGUGCGCCGGCGACAAUGGCAGCAGCAGCAGCAGCAGCAGCGGCGGCAGUGGCAUCAUCACGGCGGUCGCCGGCCAUCGAAGUCAACGAGGCGUAGUUAAUUGCUUUCUACGAUUUAUUUUCCUUCGCAACAUGUUCAUCCUCCUGGUCGUCAUCAGCGGGCUGCUAGUGUCAACGGCAGAUGCGGUCAUCUCCAGUCGUGGAAGCAGCAGCAGCAGCAGCAGUAAGGGCAGCUCCCCACCAAACAAUGGAUUGGUGCCGCGGUUUAUAUCACGGGGUCACACCUACCGAGCCGUCGUCGGUGACACGCUGGUACUUCCGUGCGAGGUAGAAAAUUUAGGAACGCUCGUACUGCUGUGGCGACGAGGCUCGAAUGUGCUUACCGCUUCGCAGCUGAUGGUUACCCGUGACGAGCGGAUACGGCUUGUCAACGGGUAUAAUCUGGAGAUCUCCGAGCUGGAACCGCAAGACGCCGGUGACUACGUCUGUCAGAUCAGCGACAAGGUCAACAAGGACCAGGUGCACACGGUGGAAAUUCUCGUGCCACCGAGUGUGCGGGCCAUUCCACCGACCGGUCAGGUGACGGCACGCAAAGGAGGCGCCGUAACGCUCGAAUGUAAAGCGUCCGGUAAUCCGGUCCCAUCCAUCUACUGGACCAAGCGGACUGGAACGGGCAAAUCGGCUGCCAAGAUCGGCGAAGGGCCCGUACUGUCGCUCGAGCGCGUCGAACGUCAGCAGGCCGGUGUGUAUCAGUGCACCGCGGACAACAAUGUCGGCGAACCGGUCACCGUGGACAUGCGGCUGGAUGUGCUCUAUCCGCCCGACAUCAGUGUGGAAAAGUCGUGGAUCCAUUCGGGCGAGGGAUUCGAGGCACAGCUCGAAUGUAUCGUGCAUGCUGAUCCGCAACCGACGGUCUCGUGGAAUCAGAACUCAUUUCCGCUGCAGCCAACCGACCGGCGUACGAUGUCGUCCAGGGGCAACCGGCACACGCUCACCAUACGCCACGUACAGCAGGAAGACUUUGGCAACUACAGCUGCGUUGCGGACAACUCGCUGGGCCGUUCGAAGAAGUACAUGGAGGUUUCGGGGCGGCCAGGACCGGCCGAUUUCCUGUCGCCGCCGUGGAGCCGCUCUACAGACAGCUUUAACCUGACCUGGAAAGUCGAGAGCUACCCACCGCUGCAGGAGGUCCGGCUGCUCUACCGGAAGCUGAUGAUGAACGAAACGUUCCAGCAGCCUGGCCGAUGGCACGACGUCAUCCUAACGCCCGCCCCCCGGCCCCCAUCGGAACCGUUGACGCACGUGAUGGCGUUCACACUGCGCGGGCUGCAGCACAGCUCGGUGUACGAGGCGAUCGUGCAGGCGAAAAAUCGCUACGGCUGGAACGAGGUGAGCGACAUCUUCCAGUUCUACACGCAGCGAAUAACGUCCGACAUACACUCGGAGGAGAUGCAGGUCGCUAGCUCGACGUCGCGCUCGGGGGCCACCACGCUACACCGGACCGCACCACCGGUCGGAACGGCCUGCACGCUGCUGACGCUACUGGCUACGCUCAUCCCUUGGCUGCUGCUGCACGGUGGCACGCUUGCCGAUCGCUCCAAGGUCAGCAACUAAGCAGCGUCAGCAUUGCGAUCAGCACCCGGAUGUGACCGAAGCAACCGACCCGUUCGCGAGCCGAUGUUUGCGGACACGUUAGACUGUAAGUUUUCUUUACCGAAUGGGGGACACUAUAAACCAAAAACCGGGGGAAGGAGGAUUGCUGCACCCGGGCGAGAGCUGCGUUUCAACAAACCCCCCCACUGCAGCCGUGUUCGAUCGUCAUCAGAACGUGCCAGCACAGAAAAUGCUUCUUCAAUAUCAGCCGUCAGCUUAAUUUGUAAUGAGCAAUUCCAAAUCAUCCAACAUUCCAACGAGGGCUGGAGGGAAAGGACAGGUCCAGACACUCCCGAGACGCACACCAAGCCGAAACAAUCGAAAAGACGUCCACCUUGGCAGGCACGGUCGCGUGACGGGCAGACAAAACUGAACCGUACUUUGAUAAUUAGCUAGAGGGCAAAACAGGCUGGCAAGGCAAACUAAAGCUUGUGUCUGUGUAUCAAAGCAGAGAGGGGGGAGGGGGGAUGAUGUAGCAAACGGACACCCAUACAUAUGCCAAAGAUUCGAUACAAAGCACACACACACACACGCAGAGCAAUUUUCUGUGCGCUUUUGAACUUUUCCCCCGUUUCCUUCUCUGUGUGCGAACUCCUGCCUGAAAAGAACGGUCCUUUCAUUAUGUAUAGAUGUAUAUGUGUGUGGGUGUGUGUAUCCAACUUCGUACUAGUUUAGGAGAUCGAGGGAAAGGGCUCACCUUAGAAACUUUAGUGAUGCUUGCACAUUCGGUCACCGCCGGCCCGCCGUAACUCUCGUGUAUAUACUCGCAUACUCCUUCCCAUGAUGUCCUGUGGCGCAAGAGAUCCGCCACCAUCAUCUGCCACGCAUCUCAUUGAGCGUCACACACACACACACAACCGUGGAGGGCGCGACAGAACCUCCUGCACAUAAGGGGACAACCAAGCAGCAGGUGGAUGCCGGGAAUGUUAGGGAAAAUCGAAAACUUUUGCUUGUACCUUGUACUACCACCACCACCGGUGGUCCACCUCGCCCGUGAAAUCAGAGCGAACAGGCUCGUGAUAGGUGACAGACAACGGCCAAACGCUGUGACACACGACACAGCGAACAAAGUUGUACGAGCAGCAUCGGCUGGCAUCAUUACUAAUGCAACAACGACAGGCAAAGAAUCGGCAACGAUCGUGGCGUGGCGUGCUGGCAGUAGAAGUUUGCCGAAUGUCUGGAUGCCGGGUUGUGUCCCCGGUGUCCCGUGUGUGUGUGUGUGUGUGUGCGGCUAAUGUUUAGAUAAAGUCUUAAGCAAAUUAAAAUCAAUUCGGCUGCGCGUUUCGUGUGUAGUGUUUCGUGUGGCGCGCGUGUGCGCCAUAUGCGUUUCACGUUGUCAAAAGAACGAGCGAGAGAUUCGCUACGACCUACCAACAACUCGUGUGCCCAAUCGACCCUCCCCGUACGGUGUGAACGCCAGCACAUGAUACCACUUUUUGAACCCCUCGUACACGCGCACACACACACCCACACUCCGCCGGGAGGGAGCCUGUCUUUUGUAAAUACAUUUUAAACCAUUGUUUUGAUUAUCAAAAAGUCAACCUUUUGCCGUUCGGCGCCACCUUUCCCCCUGAGGGGGGGCCUCGUUUAACCAAAACGCCCACGGAACGUUUCAAUAAUGAGAUAUGACGAAGUUAUUACCCAUCGCACACACACGGAGAGUAGCGGCGGAAUUGUUGCAAAGGAUCGCGGGGAAACGCUCAUGCCGUCACCGUGGGCCGGGGAAAACUUUCCGAAAAUCGUUCCAUCGUUGCAUGCAUCUCUUUCUCUCCCUUUCUCUCUCUCUCUCUCUCUCUCUCUCUCUCUCUCUCUCUCUCACUCGGUCUCCGUUUCUUGGGAGGCAGUGUAGAAUCAAUUAAAAUGUGAAAAUAUACAAACACUCGACGAGCGAACUGCUGUGCUGCCUUUCCAACCAUUUUUCCAAUAUCGACUCAGCCUACCGAGGCUCCUGGCACACACACACACACACAAGCCAAACCAAGACCACUCAUACACCCACUUUGUUUUCUCUGUGCGCAAGUUUGGCAGCUACUGUACCCACAAGGCUUACAAGGACAGCGAUGCGGAGCGGGCCCGAUCGUAACUCGAGUUUGCCUAACGAUCACACCCUGCAGCUGGAGAGGUUGUUUUGCUACUGCUCGCCUGCUGUUUUGUUAGUAGACAAUUUGGCAAACUUUAUCAAACUUUGUCCAGCUUUCUGUCCCCAUCUCCCUCUCCUCCCUCUUCACGUCCAGUUGUUGCGCGUUCCAGGCUCUAACCAUCACAAAUCGAACGGGCCAAUCGAUUUGAAAAAGGGAAAUAUUGUACCACAACUUGCGCUGUGCGCUAGACAGCCCCGUGGGUUGGUGAGGAAUUUUAAAACGAAAUUAGUAUAUUUUCCUCUACUAAAAUUUUAAACACAAAAAGAGGAUCCUUACCUUCCGGAGUCCCACCCUGAGGGGAUAUUUUUCGGUUUCGAUGAAGUGAGCACUUGCCUUCCAGCGAGGAUAGGAUUAGCGACGAUUCCGCUUGCGCCCUUUUUGACGGACGGACACGGAGCGUUAUGAUUGUUGUCAAACGACCACUGCUGACGUGCGUUUUGUCUCUCCCGGGGCUGCACAUUCUUUUGUGUGGUUUUUAACACUUUACCCCCACCCGAAGCCCGGCCCCCUCCAUUGGCUUUCCCAAAGGAUCGGUUCUCCAAAAGGAAACUUCUCCAAGUUAUGUUGAGCGUUUUUCUUUCCAGCUGCGUGUUUUUUUCCUCGCAUACUUUUAAUCCAUUUGUAUGCGCGUGUUGGUGUGUGUGUGUGUGUGUGUGCCAGAUCCAUCCUUCCGUUUUACACUUCACGUUUCUUCUCGCACGAUAAUCGGGGCUUGAUCCAUGCGGCCAGAAUCCAACACGUCAAUGCGGUCGGCUUCUGUGUGUGGCUGUGUGUGUGGUGCGGUGUGGCGCGGCGGUGGUGUGUUAAAAGUUUUUCGGCCCGGUCCAUAAAACUUCCGGGCCCAACAUUAUCUUGCGUCCGCAUCCGGCAGUGCGGCGGGACACACGGAAGCGAGACACACUGGCAGGAAAGCUCUCGCCCAAUGCCAAGAAAUGUUCGGGCAACCCCUUUUCUUUUCAUAAAGAAUUUGGGGAACCAAAGCAACCAAACAAAACAAAAAAAAACCCUCCCGGAAACGUGUUGUCACACAGCGUUCGAGGUGACAUUCAUUCAGUGGGGCAAACUGGAGCCACAAUGGGAAUGGCAGCAUUAAAGCAAAAAAAAAACAAAGAAAGAGAUAAAGGGAAGAAAGUCGGUGGAAAGGGAACUGCAGCAGUGUCGCGCACUUUUGAUGCACUCAACCGUGAAUAAGCCCUGGGUUGCCGCCGUUGCCGUCGCCGGCCAUGAUGAAUGGGUUUUGCUGGUGAUGGGUUUCAGUUUUUGGGAUGCGCCAACUUUUCGUUCCCCGUAAACCCUUUUCCCUUCCCCAGGGGGUUUCGGUGGCAGCGCCACGAGUAGCAGCAUUCGGACGGCAAAGCAAAGCAUCUUUUGGGCCAAAAUUUAAACCGACCUCUCAAUCAAAACGGCUCAAUGAAAUGCGACAGCAAAAGAGCGGUUGGUCUAGAUUGCAUGUUCUUCCACCUCCCCCCUCGUGGUAAAUGCUCCCUCCCCCCCCCCCCCUCCCCUCACAUUUACCAUUAUAAUUGCUCAAAGAAAAACGAAACUAAGCCCUGUGGUCCCACUCGCAAGCAUCGUUCCAUUUCGGCCGAGUAGAACAAUUAAGAAUCGGAUCGUGUUUGGGAAUGUGGCCCCAAACGCCCCGAAUGCCCCAUUGUACAUUGCCUAUAGUAGCACAGUUGUCGCGCUCUGCAACAACUCGCAAUCUCAUCCAGUAAGUAUGUGUGUCUGUCUGUGUUUAAUAGUUAAAGCUCUAGGAUCACCGGUCAAUCGGUGUGUGCGUCAGCGUCCGCGUGACACGCACCGUGCACCUUGUAAAUAGCACACGAAAAAUAUACAUACAUACAUACAUCUAUAUUUACUCGCAACAGAAAAGCAACAACAACAAAAAAGUCCCCCAAAAAUACACACAAAAUUACUUUCGAAGCACAGGUAGGACAUUAAGCAUUUACAAAACCCCGUACGUACUGCUCACACGGACAAACUGCUCAUUCACCACACCAAACACAUUGUCGCGAAGGUGAAGCUGAAGAAGACACCGGCAACAACAUCAACCAAAAUGAGAUGAAAUUCCUUUGCUCAGUGAGGUGUGAAGUAAGAAGUAGCAAAGUAAGAAGUCACACGGUUUUCCCGCGCUCUUUCACUCUCAUUGGUGGCACCUUACUUUUGCUGUGAAUGGUUCAUACAGUUCAGGCACACCCAUACACACUUAUCUAUCUUCUCAUGAUACAAUUUUUAACACAACACGCCACAUCAUCAACGUUGAAUGCGUUGAAUGAAAGUGAAAGUGAACAAAAGAAACAAACAAACAGAAAUAAAAACAGUAGAAUAAAGCUCCAAGACAAACAAAGCUAAAGAAAAGGCUUUGGUCGUGUCUAGCAAAAGAAAAACGCGUAUAGCACUAGGUGUGCUUUCGAAAAUGUAAGCCAAAAUUAAAUGAAAGAAAUCAGCAACAGCAACACAACACGAAACGCUACUGUAAACCAGAACAACAACAAAAAUAAAACAAAACAAGAAAACAAAGCAAACAAAUGAAAGCAAAAACCAAAACAUCAAAAGAGGAGAAUGUGUCGUGGUACUGUCGUGGCGCGCCCCUCCGGCAUUGCGGCGGUAGGUGGCUGCAAGGGGCAAGAUUUGAAAUGAAGACUUUUUAUAUAUUUAAGUAUUAUAUUAUAUGUGAAUGUACCUAUGGCGAGCAGCAUGUAAAUCGUAAGGGCACCCUUAUACGGUAAGUACCACUAAAAAACCUACACACUACUAUUACUUGAUAGUAAAUAGGGCGAGCAAUGCAAAAUUAAAGAAGAAAAAAAAACAGACAAAAGGAGAGAGAGAGAAAGAGCAAGAAAGAGAACAAGGAAACUAAAAACGGAAAACAAAACACUAGCAAAAACACACAAAACGCGCGGGAAGAGUUGUCUAGUUGCAACUGCUGCAGCAGCAAAACCAGUAGAAUUAAUUGAAGCCGAGCAGCAUCGAAGGGGCAGGCUAAGAUGGAGUGAAUGCCGCCUAAAAACACAUAACACAAGACAUAUUUAGACGUUAGCGUAAAGAUAACAUUUCAGAGAGGAAGAGAGAGAAAAAAACAAAAACCAUCCCCCAUACCAAGAAAAGCACAGUGUUUGUGUUGUGUGGAGCUGUGUCGUAGUGGGAGAGAGAGAGCAAAAAAAGCUAAGCAAAACAACAACUAACACAGCAGGAAGGCAGUAACAGUUGAGGCAUUACAGCCUACACGACAAAACACACAUGCAGACUAGUUACUUUAAUGAUGAUUGAUGCUAGCCAGGUGGAAAAAUAUGAAGCAAAUUAAAUAUUGACUUUAAUGGUAAAUGAAACGCACGAAGCCGCCCGCCCUGCCGGGUUUCCGGUGUCCGGCGGUGAACAAAAAAAAAGAAACAAACAAACAAAAUCGUACAUUGCGGGCGCCAGAAUCAAGUGGAAACAAAGAAGCACACACCAUACGUCCCCACUGCUGGAGAGAAACGAAGAGAAGGCGGACGGCAGAGUACACGAGCCUGGCCGUGAAGGCAAAAUGGCAAACUGACAGCACGACAGCGAUGGUGAUGAUGAUCAUGAUAGUUGACUACGUAAACAGAAGUGGAGGAAAAAGAGAAGAAGAAAAACAAGGCAAAGCGAGAAAAAGAUGUAGAAGAAUGAAAAAACAAGCAAGAAGAAUUAGGAGUAGAGAAAGGAUCAGAGGCAGAACAGAAGAAAAUGGAUAUCCGAGACGAGUCCCGUUCUGCUGCUAUCUCCGGGGAUAUGACGUAGGAUAGAUGGCCGUGCGUGACGCGCAAAUCCUGUAUGAUUAUUGUACCAGUCCACAACAAUUCGGAAAAUAAAAACAAAAUUAAUACAAAACAAAA